CGCGUCCUGAAUGGAGUGUAAGCACUUGGUUUGUGACUAUAGCACGGAAAGUUUGUGCGCUGCAGACUCGCAUUGAAACACAUACGGCAAGUGAGGUCCCUGGCAUGCAGAAUCGGAAGUUCAAUGCAGAACACUGAAUAGCUACAGUCUUGCGUCCUGACCGGUACUAUCCAUCCCUACUAUACAAUCAUUCACCGUUUAAUCUAGCCUAUACUAUGACUUCAUGAGCAAUACCGUAAAAGCAACCUUUUCGGAGCACAUAAAAAUCAAGAUUCGUUGGUCGUCAUCAUCUCCUUCGUCGCCAUCCAGCAACAGAAAAUCAAAUAGCGCUAGAAAAAUGAGUGACCGCAAGGCAGUGAUCAAGAAUGCCGAUAUGGGCGAAGAAAUGCAGCAGGACGCGGUGGACUGUGCGACGCAGGCACUGGAAAAAUACAAUAUUGAAAAGGAUAUUGCUGCCUACAUAAAGAAAGAGUUCGACAAGAAGUACAACCCCACCUGGCACUGUAUCGUCGGUCGAAACUUUGGGUCGUAUGUGACGCACGAAACACGCCACUUCAUCUACUUCUAUCUCGGUCAGGUUGCCAUCCUAUUAUUUAAGAGCGGUUAAAUCGACCAUUAGCCUAGUACUCGAUAUGCGUUAAGAAGAGGUGCCGCGGCCGGAACAGGAAAAGGGGUCUUAUGGAGAGGAACGUGGAAAGCUUGCGUGGAAGUCGUGUAGAGCGCGAACAAAAUUGUAGCUGUAUCGAUGCUUACGUAAGAAGAGACAAAGAGAGAGAGAAAGAGAGUGGGAGGGAGAGAAAGAUGAGAUAGAAACGUAAGACGAGAGAAAAGAACGAGAAGGAAGGUGAUGUGAAGAGAUUUACAGCGGCUUGAGUUGACUCCGACGCUGGAAGGAAGACGUAAACGACGAAAGGCCGUCUUGGCGCGGACUACACGUCCGGUUCGCAACGGAAAAUAGAAGAGGACGAGCAACAACAAACAUAGACCCGGUACCGGAGAGAAAAAUUAACAUUCUAUAUAUUUACUAUGAAUUAUAUGAUGAUGAUACACUGGAAGAAGACAAUUGUACUAGUCGCAUGCAAAACAUCAUCUCUGACUCAAGCGAGCUGAAUUCGAGAGAUAGCUGAGUUGUUGUAAGUCCGCCCGAGAAGAGCUACGCAGCAACGCAUAAGAAGCGAGCGCGCAAAUGUACAAGAAGAGACAAUGUCGAGGGAGGAAAAGACCUGGUGCUGGCCGCUAAAUACGCGCAAACGGCCAUUAUCAUCUGCAGCCAAUUUCACCCAGCAGCAGCAGCAGCAGCAAAGCUACGUUUAUGAACCCGUUUGAAAACACACAAAAAAGAAGCCAUUUGCAUUACUAAAUUGUACUACGCCGUGAUACAAGGAAAACAGGAAUGUAGGGAGGAGAUGUUGAAGUCCUGAAAAACGCAGAAAACAGAAACAAAAAAAACAAGAAAUCCAAAACAAACGAAUAAACAUUAAAAAAUACAAUCAUUCGGUGGAGUAUGCAGUGUAUGGUACA